AUGAUGAUAAUUGUGCACUCAGUGACACUGGAUUUCUUUUCUAUUUUUAUUGGAAUUCUCAUCGGUGUGACAUCGUUCAUCUUCAUCUUCGGAUAUCAUUGCAAACGUCCUUCAUCGAUCGUUGAAAGAUCCUCAUCUCUUCAUUGGAAUCCAUCAAUCGAACGACGAGGACUCGGUAAUUUGAUUACAAGAUUAAAUCACAUCGCGAUAACAGUGUAUGAUGUUGGUCGAUCUGUUAGUUUUUAUGUCGAUGUGUUGGGAUUUCAACAAAUUCGUCGUCCAAGUUUUGAUCGACAUGGUGCGUGGUUAACGAUGGGAAAUGUUGAACUUCAUUUAAUUAAAGGAAUUCCAGCAAUUCCAUCUGUNUCUUUUCUCUUCCUGCUUUUUCACCUCGUUAUUAUUGGUUUCCAUCAACAUUACAAAGAAUUAAACAUCGCGGAUUUUUUUCAAUGCAAUUCAAUUUUUUCACCUUUUCCUCAAAUUGAAACUUUGAUUUUACAAUGUUCAAUUCCAAAAAUUGAGACAUUGAAAUCUGUGGUGAAUAUUUUUAUCAGUGAAACAUUUAAAAAUUCAACCAAUUGA